AUGAUAGUCCAACCAUAAUUAUCUCCUCAAGAUAAAAGAGCUGCAUUCAGGAUUAGAAAGACUUUUAACCAAGAUGGGAUUCAAGAUAUAUUAGAUAGGCUUGAAACUAUCAAGAGCUAAGACAAGAAUAUUCCAAUACAGCUGAAUGAAGAGUAGAUAGACAAACUUCGCAGUAAAAUGAGGGAUUAUAAAAAGCGGACACAGCAUCUAGAUAAGAGACUUUCGAAUGAAAAUGUUGAAGCAGAGUACUACACUUCAAAUGACAUUAGAAAUCCUAUUUAGGAUACUAAUUGGUUAACCCUCCAAAAUCAAGACAUCAGGAGUAGGUAAUUUACGACUGAUGAAUCUUCUAUUAAUAUGACAAGUAUGGACACAGCUGCUGAUUACACGAUAAACAGCAUAAAUGAUAGAAGAAUUCAUGAUAAUAAUACCUAUCAAAACACCUACAAUGUAAACACGCCCUUAUUUCACUAAAAACCAAAAGCUAAGUAGCACUUUUUGGCUAAGAUUAAGCAAAAGAGUCAAGUGAAGGAUUAAGACAAUAAGAAUAAUAGGUAUUCAGGCUUUAGAAUGGAGACCAUCAUUAAUAAAGAUUCAAUAAUUAUUCCUAAAUUGGGAAAUACUCCAAACUUUAAGGCCAGUUCUAAUCCAUUGACAAGCAGAAAUAAAAAUGCUAUAUCUGACAUUAGACAUUCAACAUUUGAUAAAGUAGAAAAUAAGGACAGAGUUAAUUUUUAACUUUCUAAAAACCGCUAGUCAUUCUAGAGAAGAUUGUAAGAGUUGAAUAAAUUCCAGGUAUUCGACAUUUAUGAUUCAAAGCAUAAUAACUCUUAGUUCUUCACACCCAGAGUCUAAGAUUCCUAUAAAUCUUUAGAAAAUCUUCAUGCUGCCAAGUAGAAAGAAGACUAACUCAGAUUCUUUAACUUUGUUAUUCAAGAAAAUAUUAGGCAGUGCUCUAUGAUGCUAGAAAAUGAUCCAACUAUCUUAAAUAGUCAGGAUGCUAUUGGCUAAACAGCAUUACAUCUUGCAGUCAAAUUAAAUAAUAAAAAACUUUUAAAGCUAUUUUUAUCCUACGAUUAAGUGAUAAGCCUUUCCCAAGUCAUAAAUCUCUAGGAUAGCAGAGAUAGAACUCCAUUAUUUUUGGCUUGCUAGCGUGAUGAUUAUGAUAUGAUAAAAAUUCUUUUCAAAAAUAAGGCAAACACCCUAAUUCCAAACAAUCGAGGCCAAUAUCCUCUGGAGUUAAUAAGGUAAAUGACAGUAGAAAAACUGACUAAAAAGGCUAAAAAGUAUGGACUUCCAUUAUUGAUAAAGCCUUAAAAAGUAAGGAAUAUCAGUGUAAAGAUACAGGAUCAGACUAACUUAAAUCAGAUUCCUUCCUCUUUGAGUGGAUUGAAUCAAAAUGCAUUUUUGAAUGCACAGUCAUAAAGCAAUCAGUAAGCUGUAUUUAACACAACUCUUAGGAUUAAUUGA